CCUGCCUGGGCCACCGGCAGCCCCUCUUCACUUGGGUAAACAGGAAAGGAAAAACCCCUCGUGGAUUAAACAUUAAAAAAAAAAUAUCCCGGUGGGGGUGAAAGAGGGGGUGGGGCUUCCUGCGGGUGUUGGACACCGGAGAGCAACUCCAGAGCCCGCGCAGUGGUCGCCUCCUGGCCAGGAGAUGGACAAUCAGGAGGAGGGCGCAGGGCGCCUGGGCUGCUCCGGACCCUAGACGCCUUCGCUUCGCCAUCCAGCCAGGCUCCGGUCCUCCAGGGGUUUGGCGACGUCUGUUCUUACCUAGACGGUGUCAGGGAAGCUGAAAAUCUUCAUUCCGGGGCUCCAGGAUGUGCCCCAGUGAGAUGGGAAUGCUGUGGCACCUUUGGUCCCCCGUGCUCAUCAGCCUGACCGCCCUUUUCUCCAAAGUGACGGAAGGCCGAGGGAUCCUGGAGAGCACCCAGAGGUUCUCGCUGCUGCCCACCUAUCUGCCCGUGACCUACCACAUCCACCACGCGGACGUCUCCUUCUUCCUGAAGGAGGCCAACCAGGACAUCAUGCGCAACUCCAGCCUGCAGUCCCGGGUGGAGUCCUUCCUCGUCUACAAGUCCAAGGGGCUGCCGGUGCUCAACGCCAGCUACGGGCCCUUCUCCAUGGAGCAGGUGGUGCCCCAGGACCUGCUGCUGCCCUCCAACCCCUUCGGGUUCACCAGCAAGUUCUCCCUUAACUGGAAACUGAAGUCCUUCAUCCUGCGGGACAAGAUCUACCUGAGCCGGCCCAAGGUGCAAAUCCUCUUCUACAUCGUGGGCAGAGACUGGGACGACCACCGGGCGGCGGAGAGGCUGCCCUGCCUGCGGGUCUUCGCUUUCAGGGAGACCCGGGAGGUGAGGGGCAGCUGCCAGCUGGGCGGGGACCUGGGGCUGUGUGUGGCAGAGCUGGAGCUCCCGGCCAGCUGGUUCAGCCCCCCGACAGUGGUGGGGAGGCGGAAGCCCGCAGAGCAGCCCGAGGGGAGUCCUGUGGAGCUCUACUACACUGUGCAGCCUGGGGGCGAGCGAGGGGACUGCACCCGAGAGGAUUCCAGAAACAGCAAUGGCGCUCGGACUGGCCACAAUGACAUGGACGAGUCUGCGCCCCCCUUGCACAGGAUUGGGAGUGUCUUCCUCUACCAGACCCACAGCUCCCCGGCCCUGAGGGAGCUGCGUUUGGACAGCAAUGUGGCCGUUCACUAUGUCCCAACCACGGUUCGACAAGGAGCCGUACUGACUUUCCCCAUCUCCAUUUCCAGAAACUCCACCGAGGACCGCUUCACGCUGAGGGCAAAGGUGAAGAAGGGUGUGAACAUCGUGGGCGUGCGAGCCAGCAGCCCUUCCAUCUGGGAUGUCCAGGAGAGCGCGGAGUACACCGGGAGGUACGCGCCAGCUGUCAUCAUCUGUCAGAAGAAGUCUGGCGGCUCAGAAAACAGUGUGGACGGCACCUCCUACGAAGUCAUGCAGAUCGAUGUGGAAGUGGAGGAGCCCAGUGACCCGCCCACCACACAGCUGGUCACGUGGCAGGUGGAGUACCCAGGAGAGAUCACGUCGGACCUGGGAGUGUCCAAGAUCUACGUGAGCCAGAAGGACUUGAUUGGAGUUAUCCCGCUGGCCAUGGAGGCGGAGAUCCUCAACACAGCCAUCCUCACUGGGAAGACGGUGGCCGUCCCCGUGAAGGUGGUCUCCGUGGAGGAGGACGGCACCGUGACGGGGCUGCUGGAGUCGGUGGAGUGCAGGUCGUCCGAUGAAGACGUGCUCAAGGUCUCCGACAGGUGUGACUACAUCUUCGUCAACGGGAAGGAGAUGAAAGGCAAGGUAAACGCGGUAGUCAGCUUCACCUACCAGCACCUGAGCAGUCCUCUGGAGGUGACCGUGUGGGUGCCCCGGCUCCCGCUGCAGAUUGAGGUCUCAGACACCGAGCUCAACCAGAUCAAGGGCUGGAGAGUCCCCAUCGUCUCCAACAAAAGGCCAGCUCGGGACAGUGAGGAGGAGGAGGACGAGGAGAGGCGGGGCCGCGGCUGCACCCUGCAGUACCAGCAUGCCAUGGUGCGCGUCCUGACACAGUUUGUGGCCGAGGCGGCCAGCCCUGGGGGCCACCUGGCCUACCUGCUGGGCUCAGACUGGCAAGUGGACAUCACGGAGCUCAUAAGCGGCUUCAUGCAGGUGGAGGAGCCCAGGAUCGCCAAGCUGCAGGGAGGGCUGGUCCUGGCCGGGCAGGAGCUGGGGAUGACCACCAUUCAGAUCCUGUCCCCGCUGUCGGAUGCCAUCCUGGCUGAAAAGACCAUCACCGUGCUGGAUGAGAAGGUGACCAUCACAGACCUGGGGGUGCAGCUGGUAACAGGACUGUCACUGUCCCUGCAGCUCAGCCCUGGGAGCAACAGAGCCAUCUUUGCCACCGCGGUGGCUCAGGAACUUUUGCAGAGGCCCAAACAGGAAGCGGCCAUCAGUUGCUGGGUCCAGUUCAGUGACGGCUCGGUCACACCCUUGGAUAUCUAUGAUGGGAAGGAUUUCUCCUUGCUGGCCACGUCCUUGGAUGAAAAGGUGGUCUCCAUCCACCAAGACCCCAGGUUCAAGUGGCCGAUAAUCGCUGCGGAAUCGGAAGGACAAGGAGCGCUGGUCAAGGUGGAGAUGGUCAUUAGUGAGUCGUGCCAGAAAUCCAAGCGGAAGAGUGUGCUCGCUGUGGGAACGGCAAACAUCAAAGUUAAGUUUGGCCAGAACGAUGCUAACCCCAAUGUCAGCGAUGGCAGACCCAUGGGGACAGGGGUCCACUUGGAAAGUGACGUUGGGGAUCGGAGGUCCAAAGCACCCCUGCAGGAAUGGGGGAGCCCUGAAGGCCAGUACCUGGGCAGCUCUUCCAUGGGACUCAUGGAGGGAAGAGGAAGCACCACCGAGAGGUCCACCUUCCUGAAGAAGGACGGCCAGGGAAACCCACCAGAUGGUGACAGCCGCCUGCAGACCAUCCCUGUGGACAUCACCAGUUUCCCAGACCCGGCGGACCUCCCCCGAAGCAAUGUGGAGACGGAGGAGAAUGACCCGGCUCAGGCAUCCAAAGGGCUGAGCGACCUGGAGAUCGGGAUGUAUGCCUUGCUGGGCGUCUUCUGCCUGGCCAUCCUGGUCUUCCUAAUCAACUGUGUGGCCUUCGCGCUGAAGUACAGACACAAACAGGUGCCCUUUGAAGAGCAGGAGGGCAUGAGCCACGCCCAUGACUGGGUGGGGCUGAGCAACCGUGCAGAGCUGCUGGAGAACCACAUGAACUUUGCAUCCUCCCAGGACGAGCAGAUCACUGCCGUGGACCGGGAGCUGGACGUGGAGGAGAGCAAGUACCUCCUGGGCACGCGCUCCCCCAAAAGCAUCAACGGGCAGCUGCUCACACCCGCGGGAGCGGUGCUCACGGCCGGGAAAGACCAGAAAAGUGAGCUCCCAACGUCCCCUACCUCGAAAAGGAAAAGAGUGACCUUUACCACCUUCAACGCCCUCUCCCCCGAUGACGGGUGCUCCGCGGGGAGCUCCACCGUGAUGAGCAGGGAGGACGACAUCAAGUGGGUCUGUCAGGACCUGGACCCCGGGGGCUGCAAGGAGCUGCAGGAGUACAUGGAGAGGCUCCAUGAAGACGUGUGAGCCGGCCAGACGCUUGUGCAUACCACCUUGCCGCCUUGAAUGAGGGCACCCGGAAGAAGGGAGGGGGCAGGACAGGAGAAGGUUGGCACAGUCCAGAAAAUGCCCCAGUUGGCUGGGGAGGCCCGGCCAGCAUCGAGGCUCACGUCCCUGGCCCACCAGGUCUUGCUCAGGGGAAGGUUCUCUAAACUUGGAGCAAAAAGGACUGUGAAUCAUGGAGCUUCUGAGCAUUUCCAGCAAAAACCAGUUCUGUGUUUAAUGGAAGCAAUUUGGAUUUCGUAAAAUUCCACAUGACGGACAGCAGAAGUAAAGCCAGGUUCAGGUUGUACGUGCCCAAAUCAGUGGGAGAAGUGUGCGCUCCCACGGGCGCAGCUGCCUGGCUGUGAGUGCGACCAUGGGCACCAUCAAGUGCCUGGCAGCUACGGCAGGCAUGGCUGUGAGUGGCCACCUCCCAAGGGCCAGGUUGAAGCUGCCUGGGUUAUCGACAGACCCAGGCAGGUGCUGACGAGGACAGAAAGGCAACCAGAGGUUUAUAGGCCACAUAUACCUUUGUAACAACUCGCCAAGACAAAAAUUACCACUCUUCCCAGCACUCCAGAGCCAUUUGUUGGGUAAACCAAGGACACUGGGCACAGAAUUUCAGGGUCGAGAAACGAGGCUCUCUUCACAAGUCUAUUCUGUAGAUCUUGCUCCUCACUGCGUCUCCACCUUCAGAAGCUGCUGGUCACCUGCAUCUGGGGUAGGGGUGGGCAGCUUCCAGCAUGUGCUCAGUCCCCUCCCUGGGGUUUUGUGUCAACUCCCGGUGACGUUCGGCAGAGCAGCCCGGGACAUGCUUCACCUGGGGGAGACUGGUCCCUGGGGAGUGGGCAGUGAAUCCAGUGAAUUCAACACCAAAGGAGGUGGGUUCCUCUCACUGCUUAGCUAGAAAGAAGAGGGGACCCUUCUGUGAUGGGCCCAUGCUGUUCACCUUGGUCUUCCACCAGCCACUUGCCAUCAGGCCAUUAAUAGAGCUCUGGGGUCCGAGUGUCAUAAGCAGGGUGUGCAGAGCAGGACCGGCUGUGAGAGGAGGCAGCAGGCAGGUGGGCCUGCAUGGGCCUGGUCAGCCCGCGGGCUUCCUCCCCAGGAGAGGCAGAGGGAGGCCUGGCGUGCAGGAGAAGGAGGCGGCACUAGGUCAUGGUCCUCCAGGUGGCCCUGGGAGGCUUACCCUUGCUUAACGUCCAAAGGGCUCUGGGAAGACCCUCGGAUAAAAGACCUGGGAGGGCGGAGUGAGCCUCACCCCAUCUCACAUGGAGGCAGAGUGGCAGGCUGGAUGCACCCAGGGGGGCAGGAUCUGAGAAGGUGGAGGGGAGGUGGCAGCAGAGGCCCUAGAGCAGAGACAUAGAGUAGAGGCUGUGGAGCCAGCUCUGGCUCUCUGUGUUUUCAACUGUGCGAUUUCCUCUCUCUCUCUCUCUCUCUCUCUCUCUCUGUUCUUCAGCUCUUUUCCAAACUCCCUUUCUGGUCCUCUGCACUCUCUUCUUCCUCUCCUCCUGCUGCUUUCCUCUAUAGGUCUCUAUUUCCUUCCUCUCCUCGGCCUCCUCUUUUUCUCUCUCCCUGCCACGUAGUCGAACUCCCGUGGUGUGACACGACACGUGUGUCGGUCCCAGCAGGCCACCCUUCCAGCCCUGGCACUCUCCCUCCAACCGUGGUGCUAACAGCUCUGACACUGGGAUCCCUGCAGCCAGUACGUCACCUGCUCCUGUCCCCAGUUUUCUCGCCUUGUUUAGUUGGGUGACUCAGUGUCACCUCUUUCCCAUGACAGUCCUUUGCUUUCUGCCCCUGCUCUUGUUUCUCACCAUUCUUCCCGAGACGUUCCGUUGACUCCCGCAGCCACUGCCCACUCCCAAGUCCAUCUCUGUGUAGAAUGUAUUGUAGAUUGUAAGAAUGUAAUAUAUAUUUAUAAACUUGCCUACUGUAAAUAUAAAACGUGCAUUCAGCAGU